UAUAAAUAAACUUAAUCUAAACAUGUAUUUAAUCGUAUUGGAUAUAACUACGUGAGCUAAUAGCUCAGCUCAGAGUAUUAAUGUGAACGCACCCUAAAAAUGUUGCAUAGCAACCUUCUCGCUGGUUUUCAACAGGCCUAAGCGAAUGCCGUUUCCAAAGCAACAAAACAUAUUAAGUCAAAAUUUUUGUAUUUUUACACGAUUACUAAAGUUUUAACACACAUCGAACACGUAAUAAAUAAAAAGUUAUUAAGGAAUGGCAGGAAACAAAGCAGUGACAUUGGCAACAGCCGAUUUUGAAGUUUUCGGCAAAGUGCAAGGCGUUUACUUCAGGAAACAUACGCAGAAGAAAGCUCUUGAGUUAGGACUGAAAGGUUGGGUAAUGAACACCGCCCAAGGAACCGUGGUCGGACAGCUGCAAGGACCGCCAAAAGCAUUACAAGAUAUGAAGGUCUGGUUGCAAAUGGUUGGUAGUCCGAAGUCCAAAAUUGAGAAAACUACUUUCAGAAACGAAAGUGCCAUCAACAACUGUGCCUUUAAAUCCUUUGAAAUACGUCACUAGCGUGUAUAAUUUUACUGAUAAUAUUUUUUACUACAUUAAUAAACAUUUUUUUCCACAUUGUAUAAACCGGUC